UUUCAUUUUUAUGAUUAAGUUCUAUGGAAUUUAGAAGACCCAAGGUAUAUGAAGAAUUAACUUAGUAAUACAAUACUCAUACCUUAGUUGCUUUUAGGAAUUUAGCGAGUACUUCGACUAAUUAUUCCAUCCUACUUAAUAAUAAGAAAUUCAUCAUUAAAUUCUAGUUUCUUUAUGAUCUUAUUUUUUUUAAUUUCCUCUUUGCUUUAUUUGGGUGAGUUUUACUU